CAGGGGACCUUGGAAGGGACUUUUCCCGCAGGUUGCAAAGGGAACCAAACUUGGUGGCCGCUGGCUUCCCCGGUGAGGGCGGCUCUCCUGCCACCGACUCAAGAUGCUUAGGGGUCCGGGGCCCGGGCUGCUGCUGCUGGCCGUCCUGUGUCUGGGCAUAGUGGUGCCGUCCACCGCGGCCUCGAAGAGCAAGAGGCAGGCUCAGCAGAUCGUGCAGCCCCAGUCCCCGGUGACUGUCAGUCAGAGCAAGCCUGGUUGCUAUGACAAUGGGAAACACUAUCAAAUAAAUCAACAAUGGGAGCGCACCUACCUAGGCAAUGCCUUGGUUUGUACCUGUUAUGGAGGAAGUCGAGGUUUUAACUGUGAAAGUAAACCUGAACCUGAAGAGACUUGCUUUGACAAGUAUACGGGGAACACUUACCGAGUGGGUGACACCUAUGAGCGCCCUAAAGAUUCCAUGAUCUGGGACUGUACCUGCAUCGGGGCUGGGCGUGGGAGAAUAAGUUGCACCAUUGCAAACCGUUGCCAUGAAGGGGAUCAGUCCUACAAGAUCGGAGACACCUGGAGGAGACCACAUGAGACUGGUGGAUACAUGUUAGAGUGUGUGUGUCUCGGCAAUGGGAAAGGAGAAUGGACCUGCAAGCCAAUAGCUGAGAAAUGUUUUGAUCAUGCUGCUGGGACUUCCUAUGUUGUCGGCCAGACCUGGGAAAAGCCCUACCAAGGCUGGAUGAUGGUGGAUUGUACCUGUCUGGGAGAAGGCAGUGGACGUAUCACUUGUACCUCUAGAAACAGGUGCAAUGAUCAGGACACCAGGACAUCCUACAGAAUUGGAGAUACGUGGAGCAAGAAGGAUAACCGAGGAAACCUGCUCCAGUGCAUCUGCACAGGCAAUGGCCGGGGAGAGUGGAAGUGUGAGCGGCACUCAUCCCUGCAGACCACAUCCACUGGAUCUGGUAGCCCCUUCACGGAUAUCCGAACAGCUGUUUACCAGCCCCAGCCUCACCCUCAACCUGUUCCAUAUGGCCACUGUGUUACAGACAGUGGCAUGGUCUACUCUGUGGGGAUGCAGUGGCUGAAGACACAAGGAAAUAAACAAAUGCUUUGCACCUGCCUGGGCAAUGGCGUCAGCUGCCAGGAGACAGCUGUGACUCAAACAUACGGUGGCAAUUCAAAUGGGGAACCAUGUGUGCUACCAUUCACCUACAAUGGUAGGACUUUCUACUCCUGCACCUCGGAAGGGCGACAGGAUGGACAUCUCUGGUGCAGCACAACUUCGAACUAUGAGCAAGACCAGAAAUAUUCUUUCUGUACAGACCAUACUGUUUUGGUCCAGACUCGAGGUGGAAAUUCCAAUGGUGCCCUGUGCCAUUUCCCCUUCCUGUAUAACAACCACAAUUACACUGACUGUACCUCUGAGGGCAGGAGAGACAACAUGAAAUGGUGCGGGACCACGCAGAACUAUGACGCUGACCAGAAGUUUGGAUUCUGCCCCAUGGCUGCCCAUGAAGAAAUCUGCACAACCAACGAAGGGGUCAUGUAUCGCAUCGGUGAUCAGUGGGAUAAGCAGCAUGAUAUGGGUCACUUGAUGAGGUGCACAUGUGUUGGGAAUGGUCGUGGGGAAUGGACGUGUGUCGCCUACUCCCAGCUCCGAGAUCAGUGCAUUGUCGAUGACAUUACUUACAAUGUGAAUGACACAUUCCACAAGCGUCACGAGGAGGGACACAUGCUAAACUGUACCUGCUUUGGUCAGGGCAGGGGCAGGUGGAAGUGUGACCCCAUCGACCAAUGCCAGGAUUCAGAAACCCGAACAUUUUAUCAAAUUGGAGACUCCUGGGAGAAGUAUGUGCACGAUGUCAGGUAUCAGUGCUAUUGCUAUGGCCGCGGCAUUGGGGAAUGGCACUGCCAGCCUUUGCAGGCCUAUGCAGGCACAAGUGGUCCUGUCCAAGUAAUUAUCACUGAGACCCCCAGCCAGCCCAACUCUCACCCUAUUCAGUGGAAUGCACCAGAGCCCUCACACAUCACUCAGUAUGUGCUCAGGUGGAGACCUAAAACUACUGCAGGCCGUUGGAAGGAAGCUACCAUUCCAGGCCACUUAAAUUCCUAUACCAUCAAAGGCCUGACCCCAGGAGUGGUAUAUGAGGGGCAGCUCAUCAGCUACCAGCAGUAUGGCCACAGAGAGGUGACACGCUUCGACUUCACCACCAGCGCGAGCACACCUGUGACCAGCAACACUGUGACAGGAGAGACAACACAACUUUCUCCUGUUGUGGCCACUUCGGAAUCGGUGACUGAAAUCACAGCCAGCAGCUUCGUGGUCUCUUGGGUCUCAGCUUCGGACACUGUAUCAGGAUUCCGGGUGGAGUAUGAGCUGAGCGAGGAGGGAGAUGAACCGCAGUACCUGGAUCUUCCAAGCACAGCCACUUCUGUGAACAUCCCUGACCUGCUUCCUGGCCGCAAGUACAUUGUCAAUGUCUACCAGAUAUCUGAGGAAGGAAAGCAGAGUUUGAUCCUGUCCACUUCACAGACAACAGCUCCCGAUGCCCCGCCUAACCCUACCGUGGACCAAGUUGAUGACACCUCCAUUGUGGUUCGUUGGAGCAGACCGCAGGCACCCAUCACAGGAUACAGAAUAGUCUAUUCUCCAUCAGUAGAAGGCAGCAGCACAGAGCUCAACCUGCCUGAAACUGCCGACUCCGUCACUCUCAGUGACUUGCAGCCUGGCAUUCAGUAUAACAUCACUAUCUACGCUGUGGAAGAAAACCAAGAAAGCACUCCCGUUUUCAUCCAACAAGAAACUACUGGGGUCCCCCGCUCAGAUAAAGUUUCCCCUCCCAAGAACCUGCAGUUUGUGGAAGUGACGGAUGUGAAGGUCACCAUCAUGUGGACGCCCCCUGACAGUGCGGUGACCGGCUACCGUGUAGAGGUGCUCCCCGUGAACCUGCCUGGGGAGCAUGGCCAGAAGCUGCCUGUCAACAGGAACACCUUUGCAGAAGUGACCGGGCUAUCCCCCGGGGUCACCUAUUACUUCAAAGUCUUUGCUGUGAACCACGGGAGGGAGAGCAAGCCUCUGACUGCCCAACAGACGACCAAACUGGAUGCUCCUUCUAACCUCCAGUUUACCAAUGAAACUGACACGACCGUUCUGGUGAUUUGGACACCACCUCGGGGUAAGAUUACAGGCUACCGGCUGACUGUGGGCCUGACCCGAGGAGGACAGCCUAAGCAGUACAAUGUGGGGCCUUCUGCCUACAAGUACCCUGUGCGGAACCUGCAGCCUGGAUCAGAAUACACCGUGUCCCUUGUGGCCGUGAAAGGCAACCAGCAGAGCCCCAAAGCCACUGGAGUCUUCACUACUCUGCAACCUGGGAGCUCCAUUCCACCUUACAACACAGAGGUGACUGAAACCACCAUUGUGAUCACAUGGACCCCUGUUCCAAGGAUUGGUUUUAAGCUGGGUGUACGACCAAGCCAGGGAGGCGAAGCCCCACGAGAAGUGACUUCAAACUCAGGAAGCAUCGUUGUGUCUGGUUUGACUCCAGGCGUGGAAUACAUUUACACCAUCCAAGUUCUGAGAGACGGGCAAGAAAGGGAUGCACCGAUUGUCAACAGAGUGGUGACACCAUUGUCUCCUCCCACAAACUUGCACCUGGAAGCAAACCCUGACACUGGCGUGCUUACAGUCUCCUGGGAGAGGAGCACCACCCCGGAUAUUACUGGUUAUAGAAUUACCACCACCCCUACAAAUGGUCAGCAGGGAUAUUCUUUGGAAGAGGUGGUUCAUGCUGAUCAGAGUUCCUGCAUUUUUGAAAGCCUGAGUCCUGGCCUGGAAUACAAUGUCAGUGUUUACACUGUCAAAGAUGACAAGGAAAGUGUCCCUAUCUCUGAUACCAUCAUCCCAGAGGUGCCCCAGCUCACUGACCUCAGUUUUGUUGAUAUAACCGAUUCAAGCAUCGGCCUGAGGUGGACCCCGCUAAACUCUUCCACCAUUAUUGGGUACCGCAUCACAGUAGUUGCAACAGGCGAAGGGAUCCCUAUAUUUGAAGAUUUUGUGGACUCCUCAGUAGGAUACUACACAGUUACAGGGCUGGAGCCGGGCAUUGACUAUGACAUCAGCGUUAUCACUCUCAUUAAUGGCGGAGAGAGUGCCCCUACCACACUGACACAGCAAACGGCUGUCCCUCCUCCCACUGACCUGCGGUUCACCAAUAUUGGUCCGGACACUCUGCGUGUCACCUGGGCCCCACCUCCAUCCAUUGAGCUGACCAACUUCGUGUUGCGCUACUCACCUGUGAAAAAUGAGGAGGAUGUUGCAGAGCUGUCAAUUUCUCCUUCAGACAAUGCGGUGGUCUUAACAAACCUGCUGCCUGGGACCGAUUAUUUAAUCAGUGUCUCCAGUGUCUAUGAACAACAUGAGAGCAUCCCUCUCAAGGGAAGACAGAAAACAGGUCUUGAUUCCCCAACUGGAAUUGACUUUUCUGAUAUUACUGCCAACUCUUUCACUGUUCAUUGGAUUGCUCCUCGAGCUUCCAUCACUGGCUACAGAAUUCGCCAUCAUCCUGAGCACCUUAGCGGAAGACCCCGAGAAGAUCGAGUGCCCCCCUCUCGGAAUUCUAUCACCCUCACCAACCUCCAACCAGGCACGGAGUAUGUGGUCAGCAUUGUUGCUGUUAAUGGCAGAGAGGAAAGCCCCGUCUUGAUUGGCCAACAAUCAACAAUUUCUGAUGUUCCAAGGGACCUGACAGUCGUUGCUUCCAGCCCCACCAGUGUAAUGAUCAAAUGGGACGCUCCUGGUGUCACAGUGCGCUAUUACAGGAUCACUUAUGGAGAAACAGGAGGGAAUAGCCCUGUCCAGGAAUUCACUGUGCCUGGGACCAAGACUACAGCUACGAUCAGCAACCUGAAGCCUGGUGCAGAUUACACCAUCACUUUGUAUGCUGUCACUGGCCGUGGGGACAGCCCUGCCAGCAGCAAGCCAAUUUCCAUAGAUUAUCGAACAGAAAUCGACAAACCAUCCCAGAUGCAAGUGACUGAUGUUCAGGAUAACAGCAUUAGUGUUAGGUGGCUACCUUCAAAUUCUCCUGUUACUGGUUACAGAGUGACUACUACUCCCAAAAAUGGCGCAGGACCAUCAAAAACUAAAACUGUAGGUCCAGAUCAAACAGAAAUGACGAUUGAAGGCUUGCAGCCCACUGUGGAGUAUGUGGUUAGUGUCUAUGCUCAAAAUCAGAAUGGAGAGAGCCAGCCCCUGGUUCAAACUGCAGUAACCAACAUUGAUCGCCCUAGAGGACUGGCAUUCACUGAUGUGGAUGUCGAUUCCAUCAAAAUUGCUUGGGAAAGCCCACAGGGGCAAGUUUCCAGGUACAGGGUGACCUACUCAAGCCCUGAGGAUGGAAUCCAUGAGCUAUUCCCUGCACCUGAUGGUGAAGAAGACACUGCCGAGCUGCAAGGCCUCAGACCGGGUUCUGAGUACACAGUCAGUGUGGUUGCCUUGCACGAUGAUAUGGAGAGCAAGCCCCUGAUUGGAACCCAGUCCACAGCCAUUCCUGCACCAACCAACCUGAAGUUUACUCAGGUUACACCGACGAGCCUGAGCGCCCAGUGGACAGCACCCAAUGUCCAGCUCACUGGAUAUCGCGUACGGGUGACCCCCAAGGAAAAGACUGGACCCAUGAAAGAAAUAAACCUUUCUCCUGACAGCUCAUCAGUGGUUGUGUCAGGACUCAUGGUGGCCACCAACUAUGAAGUCAGCAUCUAUGCUCUCAAAGACACACUGACGAGCAGACCCGCUCAAGGAGCUGUCACCACUCUGGAGAAUGUCAGCCCUCCAAGAAGGGCCCGUGUAACAGAUGCCACGGAGACCACCAUUACAAUAAGCUGGCGCACCAAGACUGAGACGAUCACUGGCUUCCAAGUGGAUGCCAUCCCAGCCACUGGCCAGACCCCGGUGCAGAGGACCAUUAGCCCGGAUGUCCGAAGCUAUACCAUCACAGGUCUACAACCAGGCACUGACUACAAGAUCCACUUGUACACCCUGAACAACAAUGCCCGGAGCUCCCCUGUGAUCAUUGAUGCCUCCACUGCCAUCGAUGCACCAUCCAACCUGCGUUUCUUAACUACCACACCCAACUCCUUGCUGGUAUCAUGGCAGCCACCUCAGGCCAGGAUUACUGGCUACAUCAUCAAGUAUGAGAAGCCUGGGUCUCCUCCCAGAGAAGUGGUCCCUCGGCCCCGCCCUGGUGUCACAGAGGCCACUAUUACUGGCCUGGAACCAGGAACUGAGUACACGAUCUAUGUCAUUGCUCUGAAGAACAACCAGAAGAGCGAGCCUCUUAUCGGGAGGAAAAAGACAGAUGAGCUUCCCCAGCUGGUCACCCUUCCACACCCCAAUCUUCAUGGACCAGAGAUCUUGGAUGUUCCCUCCACAGUUCACAAGACCCCUUUCAUCACCAACUCUGGGGAUCACACUGGAAACGGUAUUCAGCUUCCUGGCACAUCCCCACAGCAGCCCACUGUUGGGCAACAGAUGAUCUUUGAGGAACAUGGUUUUAGGAGGACCACACCACCCACAGCAGCCACCCCUGUAAGGCAUAGGCCAAGACCGUACACACCGAACGUAGAUGAGGAGAUCGAAAUUGGUCACGUCCCCAGGGGAGAUGUAGACCACUACCUCUAUCCUCAUGUUCUGGGGCUCAAUCCAAAUGCCUCUACAGGACAAGAAGCUCUCUCUCAGACAACCAUCUCUUGGACCCCAUUCCAGGAAAGUUCUGAGUACAUCAUUUCAUGUCAUCCUGUUGGCAAUGACGAAGACCUCUUACAGUUCCGAGUUCCUGGAACUUCUACCAGUGCCACUCUGACAGGCCUGACCAGAGGGGCUACAUAUAACAUCAUAGUAGAGGCCCUGAAAGACCAGAGAAGGCACAAGGUUCGGGAGGAAGUGGUGACUGUGGGCAACUCUGUCAAUGAAGGCCUGAACCAACCUACAGAUGACUCCUGCUUUGACCCCUACACAGUUUCCCACUAUGCCAUUGGAGAGGAGUGGGAGCGAUUGUCUGAAGCGGGCUUUAAGCUUACGUGCCAGUGCUUAGGCUUUGGCAGUGGUCAUUUCAAAUGCGAUUCCUCUAAAUGGUGCCAUGACAAUGGUGUGAACUACAAGAUUGGAGAGAAGUGGGAUCGCCAGGGAGAAAAUGGCCAGAUGAUGAGCUGCACAUGUCUUGGGAAUGGAAAAGGAGAAUUCAAGUGUGAUCCUCAUGAGGCAACAUGUUAUGACGACGGGAAGACAUACCAUGUAGGAGAACAGUGGCAGAAGGAAUACCUGGGUGCCAUUUGCUCUUGCACUUGCUUUGGAGGCCAGAGGGGCUGGCGUUGUGACAACUGCCGUAGACCUGGGGCAGAACCUGGUCCUGAAGGUUCCACUGGCCACUCCUACAACCAGUAUACACAGAGAUACCAUCAGAGAACGAAUACUAAUGUUAACUGCCCGAUUGAGUGCUUCAUGCCUUUAGAUGUCCAGGCUGACAGAGAAGAUUCCAGAGAGUAAUAUCAGCACCCAAAGGACCAAGCGCGUCUCUCUGCCAAAGUCUGUCUAAACUGGAGUUAUGUCCGCAGAUCCCAUCUUUGAGAGUUUCUUUCUAGCCUUUUGCUCUGGAGUAAGUUUUCUGGCUUCAGCUCAACUCACAGCAUCUCCAAGCAUCACCUAGGAGUGUUUUGAGACUUUUCUUAUAAAUGAGGGCAGGACGUUGCCUCUUCAGCUUCAAAAUAUUCAGUACCGCUCAGUAUUUUAAAUGAAAUGAUUCUUGGUAUGAUUUGGUGUGGGAUCAAUAGGGAAGUGAAUGUGCCAACCAAGAUGCCAGAUGGGUUGAACAAUAUUACCAAAGUUUUAAGUAGGG